UUAGCUGCUGAAGCGGAAUCUCAGGUGUUUUGAUGAAGUGUAAUGGAGGCUGUUAGCCACCAGCACUGCUGACAGUUUUGUUACUGUCUUAAUCCUGCUUUUAAUCACUCAGUCUCACUGUCAGCGCCUCUACUGUAAAGGUUGACAGCCAGUAGAACCAUGGAGUCCAUGCUCAAUAAACUAAAGAGCACCGUCACCAAGGUGACAGCUGAUGUGACCAGUGCUGUCAUGGGCAACCCUGUCACACGGGAGUUCGAGGUGGGCCGACAUAUCGCCAGCGGGGGUCCAGGAAUGAGCUGGAGGAUCUACAACGGCACCAAAAAGUCCACCAAACAGGAAGUGGCAGUCUUUGUGUUCGAUAAGAAGAUCAUUGAUCGCUAUCAGAAGUUUGAGAAGGAUCAGAUCAUUGAUUCACUGAAGAAAGGAGUUCAACAGCUGACGCGAUUACGACAUCCGCGCCUCCUCACGGUUCAGCACCCACUGGAGGAGUCCAGAGACUGUCUGGCGUUCUGCACAGAGCCUGUGUUUGCCAGUCUAGCGAAUGUGCUCGGCCAGUGGGACAACCUCCCUAGUCCUGUUCCCACAGACAUCAAAGAAUACAAACUCUACGACGUUGAGACCAAAUAUGGCUUACUGCAGCUGAGCCAUCUGAGUCCAGGAUUAUUGAGUCAGAUCCCAGAGGAGGUCAGGGAACAUGUGAAGAUGUUGCUCAGCCUCACCUCAAACGUGCGUCCAGAUGCAGAUCAGAUGACAAAGAUUCCCUUCUUCGAUGAUGUUGGAGCGAUGACCCUUCAGUACUUUGACUCGCUUUUCCAACGGGACAACUUACAGAAGUCUCAGUUCUACAAAAGUCUCCCCAAAGUUCUGCCCAAGUUGCCCAAGAGAGUGAUAGUAUACAGAAUCCUCCCGGCGCUCACGUCUGAGUUUGUGAAUCCUGACAUGGUUCCGUUCAUUCUUCCGAAUGUGCUGCUCAUCGCUGAGGAGUGCACAAAGGAGGAAUACGUCCGCCUCGUUCUCCCAGACCUCACCCCAGUUUUCAAACAGCAGGAGCCAGUACAGGCUAGCAACAUGAUUUUGCUGAUAUUUCUACAAAAGAUGGACCUUCUUUUGACCAAAACGCCUCCUGAAGACAUCAAGAACAGCGUUCUGCCCAUGGUGUACAGAGCGGUGGAAGCCCCCUCUAUUCAAAUACAGGAACUUUGUCUAAAUAUCAUUCCCACGUUUGCCAAUCUAAUUGAGUACCCAUCCAUGAAGAAUGCACUUAUUCCUCGUAUCAAAUCUGCUUGUUUACAGACAUCCUCACUAGCGGUAAGGGUGAACUCUUUGGUGUGCCUAGGCAAGAUUCUGGAAUACCUGGAUAAAUGGUUCGUCAUUGAUGAAAUUCUACCAUUCCUGCAACAGAUUCCAUCCAGGGAACCAGCUGUGCUCAUGGGCAUUCUGGGCAUCUACAAGUGCACUUUCACCCAUAAGAAACUGGGCAUCCCAAAAGAGCACCUGGCUGGAAAGAGUUUACCUCAUCUGGUCUCACUUAGUAUUGAUAACAACCUUAACCUUAGCCAGUUUACCUCUUUCAUGGCUGUGAUCAGGGAAAUGAUGACUCGCAUGGAGGCGGAGCAUAAGACCAAAUUAGAGCAGUUGCACAUCAUGCAGGAGCAGCAAAGGAGUUUAAACAUAAACCAGAUGAACCAAUCAGAUGAGACUAAGAACACACCCAGCCCAGCCACACAAGUCAGAGAUAUCGAUGAGAUCUUUGGUGGCAGUUCAGGAAGUGCAGGUGUGAAUGGUAAAGAGAACGGUAACUCAUCAACCGUUUCACAACCCUCACGAGUGUCUCUCACCUUGGAAGAAAAGCAGCGUUUGGCUAAAGAACAGGAACAGGCUGCCAAACUAAGAAGCCAGCAGCCGCUUGCUCCACAGAGUGUCAAACCAGCCACAACGACACCUCAGGCAAAGGAUCUGACCAGCAGUCUUCUGAACAACAUGACAUCUCUGAACAACCUCUCUUUGAACUCUGGGACCAGGACGAUGCCCAUGCAGGGCGGCACGAUAUCCUCUACCUUCCCAGCUGGACCCACCAUGGGUGGAAUGGGCACCAUGGGCGUCAGCAAUGGUUUCAACUCACCCAUGGGAUUCCAGCCGGGAGGUAUGGGAAUGGGCAUGAGACCCGCUGCUCCAGGCCUCUACGGAGGCAUGGCCACCACUACCAGCACUCCAAAUUUCAGUGCCCUCACCCAGAACCAGAACCAAAACCAACCCAGCAAGCCCAAUGACAUGUCCGCCCUAGACUCCCUCUUCGCUUCUAGCAAACCCAAAAUCAGCAUGAACCAAAUGGCCCCUAAACCGGCCCCAGUAGCCACUGCACCUUCCCCGUGGCUCAAUCAGUUUGGUACAGGCCAGACUGCACCCAUGCAGGCGACUCCGAUGGGGAUGACGGGAGUUCAGGGUGGCUUUGGAGUGCAAGCAAACCCGUUCUUCAAUCCUCAGAACUUCUCGCAACCUGUGGCCUCUUCAACAGUCAACGCUGGGGUGAUGAAGCAAAGCGCUUCAGUCAACAAUGAUCUUAAGGACCUCUUCGGAUAAAACAUUUGCCUUUCGUUCGCGUUCCCCCUUGUGUGGGAAUCAAAACGAAACAACAUCAGCAGUGACGAUGACAGUCAAAAUUUGGUUGGAUGGUUGUCCUUGAAAGACAGUGUUUAAAAGUUAAUCUGGUUUGUUUUCUUUUUUCUUUUUCUUUUUUAGCCCUUUCAAUGGUGCACUUAUCUUUUUGAGUGAAUCGACGGCACCAAACAAACAUCAUGUUUCACAGAAAGCUUGGGCUCUUUCACUGAAAGCUGCUUCAGUUGGUGGAUGCCUUGCAUUCGUUGUAUCGUUGGACUUGGCAUGUGGCCCAGAAGAUACAAAAGGAGUAACAAACUCAAGCACUUUUGGUUUCAAUUCCUUAUUGCUUGAGCCUCAUGUUCCCCUCUCGCCUGAAUGAGCCGACUUCGUCUACCAGAGCAAACGGCAUCGAUGGCCUCAGGAUUUGCUGUUUUGCUGAUGGUGUCUGGCAAAAGGAAGUCUUUAUCAUGCGAUAAGUAAAGGAAGAGGUGGUGUAGUCCAUAGUUUGGGCCGGAAUGAGUGUUUUUAUAAUUGUGUAUAUACUGUAUCUGGUGAUUAUUGUUCGAGUUUCAUACUGAUACAUGAUCCACUGAGGUAAAAUAUCUUAAAGGAAGGACACGGUCUUCAUACUGUAGGUGCACUAAAUGUAAUGGAGCUAAAAAUUAUAUUAAAACAUGUAGGUUUUGA